UGACGUAUGCGGAAGUAGCUCGUGUUUUCUGUUAGCUUAGCGUACAAGACCUCGAAUACAAUGAGAAUGUUAUAUCCUUAUUUAAAUAUUAUUCCUUAAACAGACAAAAGCCGGAAUAUAUUUUAGAAACUAUAGGACUUUUAUAACUUUGAAGAGAGCUGUUAAAUGCGGUUUUAUUGUGUUUAGCUCUAUCAUCUUGAGGAUGGAGCUGUCAACGGACCUGGCUGUAGUUGAGAACAUUGGGAAAUUGCCAUCAGAAGUGUUUGAAGGAACUUGUCAUGAGAUUCUGCUGCAUCUUGAAGGCCAUCGUAGUGCAGUAGAUGUGGUUGAGAACUACCAGAAAUUUCAAAGAGCUGGGAUAAACGUUGACUGGAAAGCUGUUCAGGAUAUCAUUAGACUGUUGUCAUUUACAUUUAGAUCAGCUGCAAAGACUAAGCUCACUGCUGAUGGUCUGGUCAAUAACUUAGGAGAGUGUAGUUCUAAAUGGUCCAAAUCAGCUUUACAAGUCAUGCACCAGCUGUGGACUGAACAUGGCUCACUUGUACAAGCGCACCAGGAGGUGCAAGCUGUAGUCGGCAUUGGAAAGCUGGUGGAUAUCCAGUGGAAGCUGGGGAUGGCUGUGAGCUCUGACACAUGUCGUUCGCUUAACUCUCCUCACAUCUCUGUCCUGAUGAAAAUUGCAGACACUUCUGGAGAGAUUUCCUACAAGUCCUUUGAGAUGACAGUUCUUCAGUUCCAGAACUUCUACAGACAGUUCAAAGAAAUUGCUUCUGUUUUGGAAACAGUGUAAGAGUUCAGCUCCAGAUAUUUACCAGUCCUAUUCCGGUCUGAAGCCUUUCAGUAUUUUCUGGCUGUUUACAUUUAAACUCUUUAUAUAUGUAUGUGUGCUGUUCAUUUGAACCCAUAGUGGGGUAUUUAACUGUGCUGUAUUUGCCUUGAAAAUGAUUUCAUUUUAAAUGUGCUUUCUAAAAUAAUUUGCUGUAAACAAUGAAUAAAGUCAAAAUAAAGAUC